UCAAAGCAAAAUCAUAUUAUGAUUGCUUCUCAUUCUUCUUCUUCACCAUUUCAAAACCAGUGUAACAAAACCCUCAUUAUAUAACGCAAUUCAUACUCACACAUAUAUACAUAUACAUAUACAUAUACAUAUACAUCUCUCUCUCUGUCUCUCUGUCUCUCUAUAUAUAUAUAUAUAUAUAUGCGCAUACAUAUGGAUGAAGAAGUGACUCUUGUUGCGAGAAAAUCAUGUUUCGGUCUCCCCACAGCUUGCCCUUCAUGUUUGCCUGUUUACAUUUACCUCAAAUUUGCUCAAUUUCCCUUCAAUUUGGCUUUCAAUCUUACCUACCCUGAUUCAGGAAAAUGCAAUUAGGCGAUGUCACAAGAAAAGAUCAAAUUCCUUAUGUUGAGUCUGGUACUUAUGUGGCCUACAACAAUGAGAAGGGUGGGGUUAUUGAGAGCUUAAAAGAAGAUGGUAUUGUUGAUUUGGACUCCGAAGUUCAUUCUGUCCCUGAAUGGAUAUCCACAAAGGCAAUGGUUAAUUCAUGGCUUGCAGAUGCACUGAUGUAUGAACUAUGGGUGGGCUCUGAUGGAAGUUCUGCACACAAGGUAUAUUAUUCUGACCUGCCAUGGCCAAUUGGAAAGUUUCUGUAUUUCAAGCAAGUUCGCAUUACAAAACAACUAAUUGGAAUAACAAAGGAAAAUGCAGACCGAAGAGAAGAGGAGAUUUACAGGAGAGCAACAGUUGCUUAUGGAGCUCUAUCAACUAGGUUAGGGGAUCAGUUCUUUUUAUUUGAGAGCAGGCCAACGAGUUUGGAUGCAGUUUUCCUUGGGCAUGCACUUUUUGUACUUCACGCACUACCUGACACAUCAGUUCUGCGGAGCAAGCUUGUGGAGCAUUCUAAUCUAGUACAAUAUGCUGAUAAACUUAAGAUGGAGUUCAUAGAUGGUGGUUCAUCCUCUUCUACUCCACCAUUCCCGGCAGAUCCAUCGUCAUCAUUUCAAAGACGGGGAGGUACUUCAAAUUGGUGUUCAAAACCCAAGAGCAAACCUAAAAAGGAAAAGACAGAGGAAGAGAGAAAAUUUAGAAGACGGGCCAAAUAUUUCUUGGUAACACAGCUGGUAGCAGUUUUAGUUUUCCUGUCACUCCUUGGUGGGUCAGAUGAUGCUGAAGUAGUGCUCGAUGACGAUGACAGUUUGAAUUACAAUGACUAAAUGAGUACACAUUUAUGAGUUGAGCUCUUUUUUUUUUUUUCACAUGCGGGUUACCUUUCCUUGGCUGCAGGCCAUGGCCCAAGUGGAUUUUUUCCCUCCCUCUAUUUCAUUUUCAUUUUCCAUUGAAAUUUUGGAAAAAUUGCAUCCAUGUGUAGACAAUUAAUAUGAUUUGUGCAAUAGGUCAAAACUAUAUUUUUUGGCAGAAAUAAUUAGUUUAAUGUUGAAGAGAAUGCUUUUUGCCAUCGA